CGUCAAGUGGUGUCAAGCGGACAAUGGAUUGUUAAAAAAAAUGAAUAUCGAAGAUAUCUGGAUUUCAAGUGAUAUUUGGGAUAAAAAUCAAAAUAAUUCAUGUAUAACUAAUUCUAACGGGAAAAGCUGUUUAUGAUUAGAGUUUUUCAUCUUUAAAAAAAAAGUGAUCGAAAAACUCUGAUUAUGAAUGCUUUUCAGCCAUGCCCCAAUACAUCGGACUUGGUGCCCUUGUAUCUUCCACAUCAACUGUUCCUGAAGCCUAUUGCAAGGCUGAACAUGUCUCUGCAGCUGCCCAACGUCAAAAAGCUCGGAAAAAGCAUCUCCCAUUGGGAGAUCAUGGAUAAAAUCAGGGAACUCGUACGUCCUGAGGAAUUUACAGUAUUCAAAGUUACGAAAACCACCCUAGAGUUUGUGCGGUUUGAAGCGGAGCUUGAGACAAGAUCCAAGAUUGAGACAGUGCUUAAAAAGUUGGACAACAGGAUGAUAAAGUUAAAGGACUUCAGUGAACCCAUGCGUCUUCGAGCUUGUGAGUGGAAAUCCGACUUUCCUAAUCGUAGAGCCUGGGAUGAUUUCUUCCAAAACACCAAGGAUAUGGACGAGAUGAAACCUGGACAAAGACCUGACACAUUGUACAUAUCCAGUGUUCCUACCAAAUGGUUUGUCCCCAGACAUUUAUCAAGUGAUGAUGAUAUCACCCCAUCAGAAAAAAUAUUCUACAGGGUUUUUCAAAAAUUCGGUUCUAUACGAUACGUAGACAUCCCUAUCAGUGAUCCAUAUAGGAAGAAAAUGAAGGAUCACAUAUCCGGUUUGAAAAACUCUUCAUUCGACAAUAAGGAGUUCUUUGAGGGUUAUGUGCAGUUCAAGGACUAUAUUGGUUUUACAAAAGCCAUGGAUGCUUUUCGUGAUAAGAAGCUAGUGUAUAAAGAAGAAGAUUCAGCGACUGAAGUGAAUAUAAAGGUAGACUUUGAUCGGUCGAAGCAUUUGAGUGAUGCCAGUAUUCGCAGGAGGGAGAUUGUUAGAGAAAGACUGGUGAAGAAAGCUAGAGAAAAGGAAGAGAAAGAACAAGCUGAGCUGGAAGAAAAGAAGAAGAGAGAAGAAAUUGAAAGGUUCUUUGAUAUUAACAUUGGGAACUUUUAUCAAUUUGUUUUGAUAUAUGUACCCAUUGUUGAGAUAUAUCUUGAAUGUAUUUACGGAUAGGUUGACCUAGAGAAAAUACCGCUAUUACCAUUCAUUAGAUAUUCAGAACAUCUUGAAAUCGAUCCAUCUUGAAAAAUUUCAAUAUCUAGUGCUUUUACUCACUUUUCUAAAUAAUCUUUGUCUAAUUGUGCAUAAGAACUUCCUAUUGUUUUGUUCUCAUGUUCGCAAAGGGGUAUUUCAUAUUGUUAUUACUCAGUCUAGCCUAUUUGUACUUCCGUCUAUUUUGGAUCAUAUUGGAAAAUUAUAGAAAGUAUAAAUAAAAAAAGUGUUUUGUGUUUUUUUGAGUAAUAUGCAGGAUGGUACAGAAUUUUGUGUGAGUAGAUUCAAGGUAUAAAAAACAAAAUGUGAUUAAAUUAUAGGUCAUGAAAUAUUAUACUUAAUUUUAUGGGGUCUUGAAACUUGUCAGUCUGAUAGAUAAUUUUACAUUCCUUGAAAAUAACUUGGGAUAGUGAGAAUGAGUUUUGGGGCAUGUACAUGUAGUAAUAAAGGUAACAUUACCAUCUACAAUAUUUUUGUCUAAAGCACUUUCUUUUUCUCAAAGCUAGAUUAACUCUUAAUAAUAAGGAAAAACCCCAAGUAAAAUAUUUCAAGCAGAAUCAAUGAGCCUUUGAGAAAACUUCUUACUUUUGAAAAAUACAGUAGUGCACAAUUUUUUGCUAAAAGUUUAAAUGCUCCAUAAAAUUGAAAUGGGGAAUACCUGUGUAUAAGAACUUCUUUUAAUAUUUAGUACAGAAUCUGCCCAGAAAUUUUCAUGAUUACAUUUUGUAACACCCUGUAUAGAGCCCAGAAUUCUUUAAAAAGAAGGAGGUGUUAUGUCAUUCAAUUUCUCAUAAUUUACAAACCUAUUCUAUUCAUUUCAUAUUCCAAUAUGUGAUCUAAUUUCAUGUAAUAUAUAAAUAUCUAUAUACAUAUUUUUUUUUGAAGAAUAACAAUUUAUUAAUGCUAUGUCGUGAGGUAUUAGUGAUUAUUUACAGGCAAAGAGAGGUAGAUGUGAAGACUGAGAAAGAGAUGAGGAGAAAAUUACGUGAAGAGAAGAGAAAAGCCAAGAUACUUCAAAAGCUUGAAAUCACAGGUGCUGAUGAAAUUAAUGAAAAAAUUGCCAAUGAAGAGAAGAAACUGUUGAAAGUGCAGAGGAAAUUGGAAGCUAUAAGGCUGGUUGAAGAACUAUUUAGAAGAAUUAAGGACAAAAAUCCAGGGAACAUGCGGUUAUAUGAUGGAUUACCAAAUCCUGGCUAUGACGAACUGAAAAAGUUCAAAAACACCAGUGAACUAGAAGUACUCACUCAAAGAGAAAAGUUGCACCAUGCUUUGAAAGGAAGAGUCAUGUUGAAGACAAUUCUCUCUGAUAAAGGAAGACCAAGAAGAAACUCAUCAUCUAGUUCAGACUCUGAUUUGUCUCUGGAUGAAGUACUUCCAUCAAGAGGCAGACCAAAAAGUCCUGUUGUAGAGAAGUAUCCUGAAUUGCUGUAUAAUUCAAACUGGUUAGGAUUCCAAUAUCCAUUUCCUGGAGCAUAUCCAGAGCUUAUGGAUCCUUAUGGGUUGAGAGGAUUUAUGCCUAGAGGCAGAGCACCAUUCCCAAGGCUUCCUAUGUUAGCUGGACCUUCAAGAGGCAUGAACUUUGGUGGUGGUAGGCGUAGACCAAUGAGAAACCGCGGAGGAUACAGAGGUGGCGGCAGAGGCAGACAGUAUCCACAAGAAAUGACUGAAGAAUACCAGUUCUUUGAUGAUCUCGACAAUAGAAGAGGUCGUUCGUAUUCUAGAGAACGUUCUUGGGACAGAUCCAAAGAUAGAAUGAGGUCAAGAGACAGAUCAAGAGGUAGGACUAAGGAUAGAUCAAGAUCGCGUUCUCGUCGAAGAUACAGCAAAUCAUAUUCCAGAUCAAGAAGUAGAUCGAGAAGUAGAAGAAGGUCUAGGAGUCGCAGCCAUAGAUCAUCUAGGUCUAAGAGUCGAUCUAGAGCAAGAACUAGAAGAUCGCACAGUCGUGACAGGUCGAGAUCCAGGUCUAGCAAAAGGUCUUCCAGACGAAAACACAGAGAUACAUCCGAGUCCAGAUCCAGACAUAGAUCUAGAUCUAGAUCAGGAAGUAAAUCUAAGGAAAAUGAUAAGUGCAAAACUCCGGAAAAUGAGCGGUCUGGAUCUGUGGAUAGUUCCAAGUUCAUGACACCUAAACAACUGUCCCUACAGAAGUCUGAGAGGAGGGAGAGGUCGAAAUCUUGGUCACUGCCUAAGGAAGGAGAGCCUCAAAGACGCUCCUGGUCCAAGUCUCCAGAAAGAAAGAUGUAAGGCUAGAACAAAGUUUUGAGCUUGGUACUAAAUGAAGAUGAUAAUUUUAAGUUUAUGUUGUGUAUGUUCGAAAAUAUAUAUUUAUUUGAAUCCAG